AGUGUCACAAAUUCGUUUUGUUUCCGUCUUUAGGCUUUUCUCUUGUCUGCCCUAGCCGAGAAACCAAAAAUCGGCGGCAUGGCGAAGAGCAGGAACAAGAAGAAGAAGAGAGACGACGACGUUUCCAUGGACGUUUCCGACACUAAGAGCGUCUCUGAAGCUGCUCCCCAAGCCAUGGACACUUCGGAGACCGGAGACACCAAACUCGCUCCUCGUACUCGUAACCUGACAAGCGUGAAGAAAGGAAAACCUAUGAAGAGAACGAAGACUGCAAGGAAGGUGAAAGCUGUGGCUAAAGCUAUAGCUAAGCACGACAAGUAUGAAGAGAAAGCUUCCAAGAACGUUUCCAAAAAACAGAGAACUCUUUCCGCCAAGUUAUUGUAUGAAUGAUUUUUUUUUUUGUUUCCAGAUAGAAAAGCUUUUAAGGUUUGAGCAUUAAAAAGAAAUAAUUUCUUCAAGUUUGUGCUUCUCCUUUAGUUACAGACUUUUUUUAAUGUUUUUAUGGAUUUUUAUUAUAUGGGAAUAUUUGUCAUUUA